CUGUCUAGGCACAUAGAUCUAACCAAAAAUUAUAACGAGAGCGAGUGCAUUCUGGGCAACAGAUCAUAAAAAAGUAUAGCAGAUUGUAAAAAAAGUACCACGAAAAACUUCAUAAAAUUUUGAAUUUUUCUGUUAAACGUCUUGUUGUUGAGGAAAGUUUGUUUGUACAUCAUUACUUUUUUGUGUUAACAGAAUAUAUGACAUAAGUGUACGACGAAUUUUAACAAUUAAAACCGAAUCUUUUCCUACUUUGGCGCUAGAAAAAAAUGCCUAGACCAAGAAGUCAGAAACGACAUCGUGGCGAUGAGGAUUUUGAUUUUUCACAAUCACAAAAUUCAAGUCAAACACAAUCCUCUGCCGUUAAUGUAGAUGAUACAGCAUUGCAAAACUACGUAUCUGAUGCACUAAAUUAUAUUUUAUAUGCAGCAGAUAAUUCAGCUUUAAUUAAAAGACAGAACAUUAUUAAAUAUGCUCUCGAAGGCAACACUAGGAUAUGCAAUACUGUGUUGGAGGAGGUUAAAAAAAAUUUAAAGGAAAUAUACGGCUACGAAUUAAAAACUGUAGAUUCUGAAAAACCUCCUUCACAACAUCAGUACUUUUUACUUAAUUUGAUUAAACCUCAUUAUCCUAGCCUACAAUUUACUGACGAGCAAAAACAUGUCAUGAUACUUCGAUAUAUGAUUCUGGUGCAUAUACACAUGUCUGGAGGAAAAUGUACGGGUGAUUCAUUAGAAGAUUUUUCAAAUGAAUGUGGUCUCCCAGUAAAUGACAGCAGCAAUGGACCUUUUGGGAGUAUUAAAAAACAAAUUGCUGAAUUUCAACAGCAAAAUUAUAUAGUUGCAACUGACGAGAGUGAUGGCAAGACUUAUUAUGCUAUUGGAUAUCGAGGACAAUGUGAAUAUGAUAAAAAGGAUUUGGAAAAAUGGUAUUUAAAAAUGGUGAAUGAAGAUGAUAAUCCAGUAGAAGGUGAUGAUGAUAGCACCAGUGAUGAAGAGGAAAAAGAACGUGAAAAUUGAUGACAAAAGAGAAUUUAUAUUCAAAGAAGGAAAAUCUAGAAAAUACAACAUUCUAUUUAUAUAUUAUUAAUUUCUGUUAUUUUCCAUUAUUAAAUGGAUUUUAUCCAAAUAAAAUGCU